UUUUUCACCAUCAUAAGUGGACACUGUACAUCAAGAAACAUAACUCUAUCCUGCUUUUUGCAAGAAUGAUGGCCCUUUUUAGACUUAGAAAAUCAUGGGUAGGACAAUAUUUCUAUUACACAAAAAAAAUCAGAUGAGCGUCAGCUCCCGCAAGGCGGUGCUCUUGUUCCCUUUGAAGUAGCCGAGUUGCUAUUAAGUUCAAAUGUCGGUUAUAAUUCUUAUAAAAUGAAAUCAAGCGUAACAAAAUAUUAGAAAACUAUCAUUAUUUAAAUUAACAAAUUUUAACAUUAUUUUAAGUUAAAAAAAAAAAAAGAAAUGAAAAAAUGCUACCCCCAAAAGAAGAUAUAAAUCAUACUGCAAAAAGGAUUAAUUAAUAUUCCAUAGGGGAUUCAAUAUGUUGAGUCAUUCUGGGAAAAUUAAACCCUUGUGAAAUUCUUGUUCAUUUUAUGCUCAGAAGUUAAAAUCCAGGGAAUUAGUUAUAAUAAUCCACAUGAAAUAGCUGAAACAGUGGUUUAAGACAAAUUAACCCUUAGCCUGCUGGCGGCAGAUGAUUCUGCCUUUGCGACCAGUGCAGACCAAGAUCAGCCUGCACAUCCGUGCAGUCUGAUCAUGGUCUACACUGUUCGCUAUUCAGUCAGUAAAUUUUCAGUGAAAACCCCUUUGAGUAAUAAGUGGUACUGUCCAAAUUGAAAGAUGGACCAGUCCAUUAUAGAAAUAUAGCAGGUUAAGACAAAGACUUGAAAUCAUUGUACCAACAGAAUUAAAUGACUUCACAAAACAUAUUUGACUGGAUGCAGAAAGUUUUUGUGAUGUGACUUUGACAUUUCAUGGAAGGUUCUUGGCAGCAUACCAUUGAUUGUACAUUUUUCAGCUGUAAUGAGAAAAGUCAGGCACAUACUAAAUUAAAAAAGAAACGAAAAAACAAAUGAAAUGAAUUCCAGGCUGCCAUUCUGAAUUUGGAAGAUAGUGUGUAAUUCCUUAUAUAAUUAGACUGCUCUUUCUUCUUGGUAAUUUCUCGUUUUGGUUACUCCCUGUAAGGCAAAAGUGCUUAAGUAGAAAUUUUAUACUGCUUGCUGAAUGGUUUACACAAAGGAGUUUAAAAUCUUUGAGAAUAAUUAGAACCAGACUGUGUUUGGAGAACAAACGAAAAAAUGGAAGAAUUACAUAAGAAGAGGAGUUUGAAGCAUAAGCGGAGUUUAUUCGAGAGAAUGCGAGGGUUCCGCUCCAUGGAUGAGCAUAGAACUGGCGAGUACGAGCGUCCUCGAGGGAAAAGUGUUGAUCUGAGCGCAAUAGCAAUGCCGCUGAUGGAGUCGGAACACAGCCCCUCAUCUCCAGUAUCUCCGGGUUAUCACGGGUCAGUCGACAAUGUUGAUGGCGAAUUCAGACCUAGAUCAGGAUCAACGGGUAUCAGGGGACUAUUUUCAAAAGACAAAGCCAGAAAAAAAUCUGGGGAAGAAAAUGUGAAAGGGAAUUCCCCAUCAACUUCAUCAAAAGUUAAAAACUUCUUUGACUCAAUAAGACCUCGCUCAAAAUCGGAUUUAUCAGGAAUAAAGAAACCAAAUAAAAAAGCUAUACAAGCAGCCAGAAUGGAUGCGUCUAUGGAUGAAUCACAACUGAGUGCCUUAAAAAAUAAUGAUCAUAUUGUAACGUUACCCCCUGAAAAUCAAGAUGACUCGCUAAUGGGAAAAAUUCUUGGGGAUCAGCUAAAAGUUCCAAGUUCUAGGCAGCGGCAUCAGUCAGGUCCACCGACAGGAGUUGAUCAGUUUCACAACCGAUACAGACCUCGUGCAAACUCAGAUUCAAAACACAUGCGACAGAAAAAGGUUCUUGUACACCAGUCAAGUUGUAGUCCCCCUUCAAGUCCACGAAUAAUGUCUCCCCUGCGAUCUUCGUCGCUGUCGAAUGAACCAAAGUCGGCACCACCGUUACAGAGUAGGUUAUCUCCCUUCCAGAAUGAUCACUCACACGCGAUCAUUUACCGACCAGAGAGUCCUAACACUGUCAAGUUCAACCUUGAUGGUGAAAUGGAGAGAAUGGAAAUUGAAGAUUUGGAUGAGAAUUCCGAUGUUGUGUUUGCGAAAUUCAUGAGAGCGCACAAAUGUUAUGACAUCAUACCAACUAGCGCUAAGCUUGUUAUAUUUGACACACAGUUAAAUGUGAAGAAAGCAUUUUUUGCCCUGGUAUACAAUGGUGUGAGAGCAGCCCCGCUGUGGAGCAGUGCUAAACAGGACUAUGAAGGGAUGCUGACAAUUACAGACUUUAUCUCCAUCUUGCACAAAUAUUAUACGUCUCCGAAUGAUAAAGAGCAAGGACACGAUGUGAAGAUGGAUGAACUGGAAGAACACAACAUAGAGAAAUGGAGAGAGGUACUGAAGGACAAGCAGCGACCAUUUGUGUGUAUAGACCCGGAUGCAAGUCUGUUUGAGGCGAUACGUACCUUGAUCCACAAUCACGUACAUCGUCUACCAGUCAUUGACAAGAUUACUGGCAACGCCAUCUAUAUUCUUACACACAAGAGAAUCCUUAGGUUCCUGUAUUUAUAUAUAAAUGACCUUCCAAAGCCAACAUUCUGGGAAAAAUCUAUAGGAGAACUCGAAAUUGGAACUUACGAUAAUGUUAUAACGGCAAGGCGUGACACAAGUGUGUACGAGGCGCUGAAUAUGUUUGUACAACACAGAAUAUCGGCACUUCCAGUGGUUGAUGAUGACAGGAAAGUUGUUGAUAUCUAUGCCAAGUUUGAUGUUAUUAAUUUGGCAGCAGAAAAGACGUACAACAACCUGGAUAUUACUAUACAGCAGGCAUUACAGCAUAGGAUGGGGGCAAGUUGGUUUGAAGGUGUAGUGAAGUGUUACGUGAAGGACUCACUGAGCGUUGUCAUAGAUAAAAUCGUGAAAGCAGAGGUACACAGACUUGUGAUUGUAGACGAGGAAGACCACGUCAUUGGCAUCAUCUCCCUCUCCGACCUUCUCAACCACUUGAUACUGAAACCAAUGGGCAAUGGUUAUAGGAGUGGUGAUAGGGACAAGUCAACAGAUACAUUAACAGAUACUUUAACAUAGACUAUGUGCAUGUUAUUUUACUCUUAAUCAAAAAGGUGGAGAAGAAGAUAUCAUUUUCAUGACAAGACAGGAGCAUUGUGUUGGAUACUAUCUCGUCGCCAAUCAAAACUCACUUUACAACUGCUGAAGCCAAUCCAAAUUAAUGGCUGGCUUUUCAACUUCUGAUUGGUGGAUAGUGGUCAUCCCACCAUCUGAUUGGCUGCCAGCAUCAUCAUGUAAACUUUAAAUUGAUUGGCUCAGAUUUGUGUAAUGAAUUUGAAUGGCAGACAUUGUAUGGGAUACAACUGGCAUGUGAGAAUAAAAGCUCAAGACUUAUUGGCUACUUGAACUGAAAGGGAUGAUGUGAUUGGCCAGUUGUCUGUGGACAUCUGAUUGGCCAGUUCAUGUGACAUAUAUCCAGAUAUUAUGGUUCAGUCCGCAAACCAGAGACUGUAUGAGUGUGCAUCAGAGAUCGGAUUUAAUUAAUUUGAUUUAGGAAAAAAAAAACAAAAAAAAUUACUAAUAAUUAAGAAAUCAUGUGUUAAAAUAAGAGUUUUCAUUGUUCAGAUAUUGAAUGCAUUCGAUAAUCAUACAUAGAAAGAGUUAUCAUUUUAACAUUUAUGUUUAUAUUAGUCAGAAAAUCAGUGUAUAUUAGUUAACAGUGUAUUCUAACAUACACAGGGCUGUUGGACUAUCUGUCUUAUGUGUCACUUUAUUAACUAACAGAUCAACAAACGUCUGUUGCUUUGAGGAAAGCAGAAUAGAAAAUUUGAAUAUUGUGUGUAAAAGUCUCUCCCAUACUGUAAUGACUGCUUAAUGUGGCAAGUCAAGUAGCUGAAAAACCUGAAUUUAUGAUAGGUUAGCAUGAAAGCUUUUGUUAUGCUGCCUGAAGGGAAGUAUUCAGUUACUACGAGGUUUCGAAGGAAGAGACGCCUAUCAGGCUACAGAAGACAGUUCUAAGACGGCGAGAGAUCUUUGACAUUAUCGGACUGCAGUCUCAGACGGCCCUGUUUCAUAUAUCAUUAUUUUAUAAUACUAGAUAUCCUGACAGUAUUGUGGUCAUUGUUGGUGAUGAAUUUUCAGUGUUAGGAUAUAAAUUUUUCACUUCUAGAUCUAAGAAUUUUAAGUGUUAGAGGUGUGUUUUUUUCCCAGAAGUACAGAUGGGAUUUUAGAGGUUUUUCUAGCUGUGAUAAAGAAAUGAUAUUCUGUGCUAGAAAUAUGCUGACUUUGGAUUAUAAAACAUACUGUAGCAUUGUACUUUGCGAUUGGUUCAAACUGAAAUUUUAUACCGAUUGCAUUGCUCAGUACUGUAAUAAAUGUUUUGUAAUUUUAAAGUCCUGCGUUUUUAGCUUACCCGAGCACGAAGUGCUUGAGGUGAGCAAUUGUGAACACUCUUCAUGAAGCCACACUUUUCGUCCUGUCCUAAACUUGUUCAAACAGUUCUAUUUAGUUGCACAUAGUGGGCCGCUCGCAGCUCUUCAGAUAAUUCUGAUUCGUCAAAACGCAUGGCCACUGGGGGUGGGAGUGGGGAGUGGCAUUGUUAAAAAUUCCCUAACUGUAUCAAGUGUGAAAUCAGUAAAACAGUCUUGUCAGAAACAGCUGACCAAAUUUCAGAUUAAUUUCAUAGUAAUGAUUUUGAAUGAUACUGUACUUUGAAUGUUACUUUUCGGAUUUCCUCCUUCCCACCCCCAUCCCCCACCCACAGAAAAAAGAAAAUUGCUGAAUCAUAACACUUUCCAAAGUAAUUUGGCAGAAGUAUUUCUUGAUAUACCUGUUUGAGUUGUGAAACUCUGGUGAGCGAUGAAGGGCCAUCAUGACCCUCUUGCUUGUACGAUAGGUAUCACACUGAAUACAUGCAUUCCACCUUUAUCGUUGUGUGAUAUUGAUGACAUUUUGUCUUGUUAUAAUACAGCUUACAGCCGUGAAAUAUUUAAGAGAAGAGAAUUGUAUUUGUUUUCAACUGCAACUAACGUAGAUCAACUGGGACUACUUUUGGUCAGCUGAUACUAACUUGAUUACCUGCGAGUUACUUUGAGUAACUGGGACUACUUUUGGCCAAGUGAUAGUAACUUGAUUACCUUCGACUAACUUUGAUUAACUGGGACUACUUUUGGUCAGUUAUAGUGACUUAAUAACCUGCUACUAACUUUGAUUAACUGAGACUACUUUUGGCCAAGUGAUAGUAACUUGAUUACCUUCGACUAACUUUGAUUAACUGGGACUACUUUUGGUCAGUUAUAGUGACUUAAUAACCUGCUACUAACUUUGAUUAACUGGGACUACUUUUGGUCAAGUGAUAAUAACUUUAUUAGCUACGACUAACUUCAAUCAACUGGGACUAACUUGGAUCAGCUGGAACUAACAUUGAUCAACUGGGACUACUUUUGGUCAAGUGAUAGUAACUUAAUUACCUUCGACUAACUUUGAUUAACUGGGACUACUUCUGGUCAGCUGAUCCUAACUUGAUUAGCUGUGACUAACUUGAUUAACUGGGACUACUUUUGGUCAAGUGAUACUAACUUAAUUAGCUAGGACUAACUUCAAUCAACUGGGACAAACUUGGAUCAACUGGAACUAACAUUGAUCAACUGGGACUCGUUUUGAUCAACUGGCACUAACUUGAUUAGCUGCAACUUGCUUUGAUCAACCUGGACUGAUUUUGAUAAACUGGCACUAACUUUGUUAAACUGCAGCUAACUUUGAUCAGCUGGCACUUGCUUUGUUAAACUGUAGCUAACUUUUGAAGUUUCUGCUUUUCUUCCAGGUAGGACAUGUAGUCAGUAACUGUUUAAUUUUCAUAAUUUAUAAAUUUAUUGUUAACAGUUGAGACGUAAGGAUACCAAACAUUUUUUAAAUGGCACUUGCUUGCAUUAGGUGGGUUAUUGGACUAUAUUAACACAACUAAGCUUAUUUUGGCACAGCUAAGCCUGUAGCGGCACAACUAAGUUUGUAUAGGCAUGACUAAGCCUAUAUUGUUGCCAUUAAGCCUAUGGCAUGAAGACAUAACCCAAGAGCUUUUGUAAGUGAAAGAGUGGAAGUAACAGCUAAUAGCAUUACCAUUUAAUGAGAGUACCUAAAGAGUUGAACUUAGUAUUAAACAGGCCACCUGUCUUAAACAGCCAGUUCCCCAAUUUCUCAAAUCAACAUUUUGUCCUAAGCAACCACCUUCCUUGAGCAGCCGGAUUAGUGUUUCUCCCUUGGCUGUUUGCUUAAUACAACAUUAGACAAGAUCUAGACCAGCAGGUCCGUGGUUAACUUGAAUGUUUGUUUGCUCUGUAUAUGUAUAUAUGAAAUGGCAAAACUCAUUUGUUGAAACUGAAUGAAAUGUUUCCAUAAUGUACGGUAGAGGGGGAUAAUAUACAAAAGUGUAUAUAGAAUAAUAAUUGCCAAGGGAGUUAACUCCUUGUAAAGGUUGCACACAUAUACCGGUACUUGUAGAAUACUGGGAGUUUAUUUAUGUUUUUAAAAAAGACAUUUCUGUCCAAAAAAAUUGCCCUUUAUAAGUAAUUGUGUAUAUAUUUGAAUGUUCUUACUAAAUUUUUAAUAAUGUAAGCAGUUUAUUGAAUUUUAAAUUGAAACGUUGUAUACCAAAUGACAGGUUAAAAAUUUGUAGUUUUGUUGGGUCAUUUGAUUGACUUGUCAAAAAAUAUGUAAGUUGCAAAAGUACUUAUUGUAUUUUAGUUUUGCUUGUUAUUUUAUAUUCUAUACAAGUUUUUCUCUCGAUAAAUGAUUCUUAUUAGCACAACGUGACUUGAACUGUACAUAUCUGUAUUCAAUACAAUAUACAUGUAUUCAAUAUUGAACGUUGCAGUUUUGGUAAAUAUUUCCUGUUUAAGGUAGCAGACCUGUAAUGACUUGAAAAUUUCCAUGUGGUAACGUGUUCUCGUUAGGCAAUUAUCAGUAUUCUUCAGACGUAAAUACAGCUAAUUGCCCGCAUGGCUUUCAGUAUUAACAACAAAAUAAA